UUCUGCCCGAGUCUAGGUUCAAGGCAUUAACGUGAACGUGUUGUAUGUGUGUGGAUCCAGUGAAAAUUACCCAGAGACGGACUAAGACAUCUUUUGACCGUGCCAAUGUGUGUGGCCUAUAAAUACGUGAUAUUAAUCCAGUGGAAUCAUCUCAUGGACAAAACCGUUUAUCGAAAAUGAGGGAAUAAGCGGAGGAGACACACAGCGAGGCUCGUCUGCAGCAGCUACCGUUUUGUUGGACUGCGAGUGGGAUCACAGCUGCUGGCUACGAAAAUGUCGAGAAAAAUAGAGAGCAAGCACGAGUCACAGCGGUCCCAUCUGACCACUUUCACCAUGAUACUAAAGGACAAGUUCCAUUCUCCCAAGAUCAAGAGGACUCCAUCGAAGAAGGGAAAGCAGCUGCAGCCUGAGCCAGCAGACAAAAGUACUGAAAAACCUGCUAACAAGAAGGUUAACAGGCUAGAGGAACAAGAGAAAGAGGUGGUCAGUGCUCUGCGCUAUUUCAAGACAAUCGUGGACAAAAUGGUGGUGGAAAAGAAGGUGCUGGAGAUGCUUCCAGGCUCAGCCAGCAAGGUGCUUGAAGCAAUCCUGCCUCUGGUUCAGGUAGAGACACGGAUACAACAAAGUACGGCGCUGUCUUCUUGCUAUAGUCGCGUGUUUCAGAGUCUGGCCAACCUCAUCCGUUGGGCAGACCAGGUGAUGCUGGAUGGCAUCAACUUGGAGGACAAGGAAAAUGUGGCAACUGUCACUGGUUUCAUCAAAGCAGUGCUGGAUGGAGUAAAGGAAUUGGUGAAGUUGACCAUAGAAAAACAGGAGCAGCCGUCACCCACCACUCCUAUCAAACCAGCACCACCUGUUACCACAGCAGAGAGCAGUGUGUCAUCCGAGAUGCCCCUGAUAGAUAAACAGCAGGAGGUCUCAAAUAAGACAGCUCCAGCAACUUCUCCUGCAAAGGCUGCUCCUGAAUUACCCAGUGAGGAUAUGGCCCCUCCCAAACCCCCCCUUCCUGAAGCCAAAAUGGCAGAAAUCAGAGCACAGUUGAGUGCUGACGCUGGCCAAAGGAGAACCUCUCAGAAAGAGAAUCCGCCACCAGCUCUGCCCCCUAAGAAGCGCCAGUCAGCCCCUUCACCUACACCAGUGGCAGUGGUUGCUCCAAUGAGUCGUGGCUCCAGCUUGCCUUGCAGUGACCACAGACAGGAGUAUGAGCAGGAGCUCCUUCAGAGACGUUUCUCUGGGGGGAGCCAGUCCUAUGGUGGAGACUCUCCGCGCCUUUCUCCCUGUAGCAGCAUGGGGAAACUCAGCAAGUCUGAUGAGCAGCUUUCCUCCAUGGAGCAGGACAGUGGUCAGUGUUCUCGCAACACCAGCUGUGAGACGCUUGAUAACACCGAGAAUUACGACCCAGAUUAUGACUUCCUCCACCAGGACUUGUCUGUUGGGGAUAACCUGCCUCCAGUACCUGUGGGAGGUUGCCUGAGCCCCCUGCUCGAAUCUCAUAGCGAGUCCUCCUCCCCUGUUCCUGGACAGCACCCCUCACAUCCCCGUUUCAGUGCUCCUACACUCCAGCAUUCAGAAUACUGGACCCCCCAGCCUAAUCAAACGAAUCCACUACAGUCCUCCCGCAUCAGCGCUCCACCUAUUCUGCCGCUAAAGAAGCGCCGCAGCACCCAAACACCGCCGUUCCCUGAUGGAAGAUCCAGGGUGCUGUAUGAGCGCUACCCUUCCCAAUAUGACAACUUAUCAGAGGAAGAGCUUCACCCUACACCACCAUUUCCCCUUUUCACACCCAUCUCACCUAUGCCACAAACAAAUGGGGGAGUGUUUGCUUCCCAGUACAUUGCUAGUGAGAAUGCAGAUGUCCCCACCAGACCACCGCCGCUGCCAGAAAAGAAAAGCAAACACAUCCUUCAGUACAUGCAGUUUGUGGAGGACUACUCUGAGCCACAACCUUCCGUUUUCUACCAAAUGCCACAGAGUGAAAGCAUCUACGAGCAGCGCAACAAGCGUUUUCAGGAGGUCUGUGGUUUCAAUGACUCAUUCAGCAGCACUGACUCAGUUCACGAGCCCCUGCAGCCCCCAGCAUUGCCACCAAAACAGCGACAACUGGCCUCCCACUCCUCUUCCCCUUCUUCUUCCUCCUCCUCUUCUCUCUCCUGCCACCUCCAGCCGUCUGUAGCGGCCAUGGAGGAGGCGGGCUCUGGGCUGGGCCUCAGCAUGUCCGUCUCUAACUCCUACUUGAAUGGCCAGGCAUCUCUGACCACACCCACGAGCUUGGAACAGGUUGCCUUGACCAAUGCCACCAUUCUGGAUGGCAGCGGGGGCGGGCCCAACGGUUCCCUGGCUGGCUCAAUGGGCUCUGUGGCUGUCUGUCUUCCUUCUGAGUCUUCUCUCACUGACUCUCUCCACACCUCAGCGAGCGAGAGUGCGAAUGACGAGGGCGGGGAGGGGGAGUAUGUCAACUUGUACUCAUCCAGCCAGGCCAAUGGGGAGCUGCCUCACUCCCUCAGAGAAACGGUUGCAACUGAUGAUGUACUUCAAGACCCUGCCCCUCAGAUACCAUCCAGCAAUAGCAAAGAAACUUUGGAUAAAGAAAGAAGGCAGAAGUCAACAGAAACGGCCGGCGGUGAUAAAGAGGAUGUGGAUGAGCUCUCCCUCAUAGACCACACAGAGAUUAUGAGCAGGAUAACACUAAAACAAGAGAAUGAUGAUGGCCCUGACGUUCGUGCUGGAUCAGGAGAUAUCCUAUUAGUCCACGCAACAGAGACCGACCAUAGAGAUCUUGUUUUGUACUGUGAAGCCUUUCUGACUACAUAUAGGACUUUUAUAACCCCAGAGGACCUCAUUAAGAAGCUACACUACAGAUAUACCACGUUUUGUCACAGUCCAGACACUUUCAAGAAGCGAGUCAGCAAGAACACUUUCUUUGUCCUGGUUCGUGUAGUGGAUGAGCUGUGCCUGGUGGAGCUGACGGAGGACAUCCUGAAACAGCUCAUGGACCUAGUGUUCACGCUGGUGUGUAAUGGCGAGCUCAGCCUUGCCCGUGUGCUCCGCAAGAACAUCCUCGAUAAGGUGGAGCAAAAGAAGCUGCUGCGCUACACUAACUCACUCAAACCCCUCGCUGCCCGAGGGGUCUCUGCAAGACCAGGAACUCUUCACGACUUCCGCAGUCAUGAGGUUGCUGAUCAGCUCACUCUUCUAGAUGCUGAGCUUUUCUAUAAAAUUGAGAUUCCAGAGGUUCUGCUUUGGGCAAAGGAGCAGAAUGAGGAGAAGAGUCCGAACCUGACUCAGUUCACAGAGCACUUUAACAACAUGAGCUAUUGGGUCCGUUCUUUGAUCAUUCAGCAGGAGAAAGCCCAAGACCGAGAGAAACUGCUUCUCAAGUUCAUUAAGAUAAUGAAGCACUUAAGAAAGUUGAACAAUUUCAACUCCUACUUGGCAAUACUGUCUGCCCUGGACUCGGCCCCCAUCAGGAGGUUGGAAUGGCAAAAACAGACCUCAGAGGGAUUGGAAGAGUAUUGCACGCUGAUUGACAGCUCCUCUUCCUUCAGAGCAUACAGAGCUGCUCUGGCUGAGGUGGAGCCCCCAUGCAUCCCCUAUCUAGGUCUCAUCCUCCAGGACCUGACCUUUGUCCAUCUUGGGAACCCUGACCUCAUUGAUGGGAAAGUCAAUUUCUCCAAACGCUGGCAGCAAUUCAAUAUUUUGGACAGCAUGCGGCGCUUCCAGCAAGUGCAUUAUGAGCUGAAGCGCAAUGAGGACAUCAUCUCUUUUUUUAACGACUUCAGCGACCACCUCGCUGAGGAGGCCCUGUGGGAACUGUCGCUGAAGAUUAAGCCCAGAAACAUUACCAGGCGCAAGACGGACCGAGAGGAGAAGACCUAGGGCCUGUGGGCCCACAAAACUGACCUCCAACUGUGCUUCAUGACACUAACUCCACUUUACUACAGACUGAGAGAAGGACAAAUGGAAGAUAUCUGCUGAAAGCUAAUAAGGAGGCUCAUUGUGGGGAAUCCAGAACAAAUACAGACAACUGAAGCGUCGUCGAGGUUUACAAGGAGCGCUGUUGCUCUGGGAGAUUAUAUUUGGGAUUACUGUGGUCUGGCGUGUAGACAGGGAGAGAUUCAAAGACCAUGAUGAAAACAGAGAAAACCUGGUGCCAAGUAGGAGCAAAGAAUCACAGAGCGGACAGGGAGACACUACAGAUUUUUUACCAAAGUCUGCUUCCUGGGCUCUCUGUUUUAGAGUGGAGCUGUUGGGUGUGAGUGAGAUUGAGCUGAAUGGUCCAUUACUCUUCAAAUCCUUCUUCCUCUUCCUUCCUAAUGUAUGUGCCAUUUGCUGGUCAUCUUCUGCAGCCCUCUCACUGACUUACGAGUUCCCCUCUGACAGCAGACCCUUGAGAGCAACCUGCUACGAACUGUUACAUCCACACAGGCUGCAGAGUGAGAAUCUGCUGUGGGUGUAAGGGAAUUUGAACUUGAAGAGAGGAUGGCCAAUAUAGACUGGAAUUUUUGAGUUUGUUUUGAAACAUUUUGUGUAAGAAUCAUGUAUGGUUAUGACAUGUAUUAUAUACAGUGCUCCUUUUGUUCUUAAAAAGGACGUUUAUGCUUAUGAGAAGAGCUUAGCUUCUCCCAAGUGCCAUAUGUAUGUGCACUCAAAAAAGCAAAGCAAAAACAGAAAAAAAGAUGAAUUUCUAAAGAUGCUGUGAUCUAUGGACGUCAUACUGAAUCAAGUGCCAUGGUCAAGUGUAGAGAACCAUGAGGCAAUCACAAUCAUGUCCCAGUCAUGUCUGUGUGUGAAAGGGUGUCUGUGUGUGACUGAAGUCCACAGUGGCUUGUGUGUUUGUCAUCCCAACAUGUGCUGUAGUAAAUCAUCCAGUUCCUUUUUGGAAUAAUGUUAAAACCAACACAUCACACUGUGCUCUCAAACUUCAAUAAAAACAAACAGCUCUGUUUCUAUAAAAACUGUCAAAAGCUUCAUUG